AUGUGUUCCGCAAAAGAUCCGGGACCGCCCACCCGUCUUUCUGGAUCUAUCCGCCCCGGACCGGAUCCAAAUUUUGGAUCCGAUUCGUUCUUCAGACCGGAUCAUGAUCUUUAUACUGUAGUAGUAGUGGAUAAUCGGCAAAUAUAA